AUGGAGUUCAAACCAACCUACGCCAUUGUCAACAACGAAAACUGCGAUCUUCACUACUGGUAUCAAGGCUCCGGGCCGCUCAUCACCUUCGUGCCCGGCGGCAAUGGACACGGGAGACAGUACAACGCCAUAAUGGCGGCGUUGUCAGAUAAGUACACCUGUGUGACCUUUGACCGGCGUCAGAUGUCAGCCAGUCAGGUUAAGGUGAACAAGAUCCUCAAGCUGCCGCAGCAGGCGCGCGACGUCGUGGCCGUGAUCAAGGCGAUGGGGUUCUCCAAGUCGAUCGUUUUCGGCAGCAGCCUGGGCGUCAUCAUCGGCUUCCAGCUGGCGCUGGACUUCCCAGAGAUCAUCGACCACGUAAUCUGCCACGAGGCGCCAACCGUGUCACUCCUGCCCAACUCGAGUGCGAUAAUGGACUGGCUCAUGGGCAUCAAGGACUUGUGGAACGAGACUCGCGAUUUGAAGGCGUGUCAAGCGGAGUUCGAGUCCGGGUUCAAGGGCUUUGGCGAGCCCGGGGUCCCGCAGACAAAUCCCCCCGAACCGGAAAAUCCGAUCAAUUUCUGGGAUAACGAGUUCUACGGUGCUUCAUUCUACGUCCCGGACAUGCGGCGCAUCAUCGCGAACAAGGUCAGCAUCGGGCUGAUGACUGGCGCGAGGAGCCGAGACGCAUUCUAUGCGCUGACGACGUAUGAGCAAGAGAAGAUCCUGGGCUGCUUGAGAAUGACUGUGCCUGGACAUCAUCAGGGAUAUGAGGCCGAGCUGGAGGCUUUUCUGCCGGCGAUAGUUGAGAUGUUGGCUGAGUUAGAGAAACGGAGGGGAGCAAACACGUAA